GGUUCUUCGUGCUGGAUGGACUGCUCAAGAAUUAUUAGUAACAUUCGGUACGAUUAUUGGUGAAGUUGCUUUAAUACCUGGUGUCGAUGCUGUCUUCAUAGUUCAGGUUGAUGGUGAAAUUAUUUGGGAUCGUAAGAAAGAAGGUCGAUUUCCGGAAUUGAAAGAAUUGAAACAACUUGUUAGAAAUAGAAUCGCUCCUGAUAUGAAUCUUGGUCAUUCGGAUAAUAAGAAAAAAGAAACUACUAAUACUAAUAAGUCAUCCAAAGAUGCUGAGAUUUGUGGAAAAGAUG